AUGGCCGCCGCCGAUGUUCGCGACAUGCUGGAUCUGCCCGCGGAGGGCCAGCCCCGACCUCAUAAGAAACAGAAGGUCGUCGAGAAGCGUCCAGAGGGUAUCACCCGUGAGCUCUAUGCUCUGCUAGGCGAACGAGCGCCUCCGAUCGCCAUCAACGAGAACCGAUACAAGGGACGUCCGAAAUGGACGAGCAAAAAGCGCGUACAGCCAUGGCGCAUGACCCCCUUCAUAAACAGCGCCCGCUCCGAUGGCCUCGUUCUCCGCCACUGGCAACGCCAGCAUGAAUCCGCCAAGGUCCCCGCGCUGGAGGGCUCCGAGAUGGACGUGGACGAGAAAGAGGACAACGCCGAUGCCUCAACCUCCGAUAACGUGCCGCAGCAAGACUCCCUAUUCGCCAAAUACAACAUCAAAGCCCGCGUACCCAACCGCUACACAGACGAGGAAUACAAUCGCCAUCUCAAGAACGACGACUGGACGCGCCAGGAAACCGACUACCUCAUGGACCUAGUCGAAGAAUACGAUCUCCGCUGGGUCGUAAUCGCCGAUCGCUACGACUAUCAACCGCACUCCGUCGAUGGCGACAGCAACAACGCCAGCGCCCUCGUCCCCGCAAAGCAAUACCGAACCAUGGAGCAGAUGAAAUCGCGCUACUACUUCAUCGCCGCGAGCAUGCUCGCGCUCGAGCACCCGCCCUCCGAGAUGUCGGAAGCCGAAUUCGAACUGCACGAAAAGAUGCUCAAAUUCGACGCCGACCGUGAACGCUCCCGCAAAGAACUCGCCGCCCUCCAACUCAACCGCACAGCCGACGAAGUCCGCGAAGAAAGCGUCCUCCUCGAAGAACUCAAACGCAUCACCGCCAACGAGCAAGAUUUCAUCACGGAACGUCGCGAACUCUACUCCCGCCUUGAAGUCCCUAUCAGCGUCGGCAACACAACCAUGUACCAAUCCAGCCAAGGCCUCUCGCAACUCCUCCAAACCCUCCUCCAAGCCGACAAGAGCAAGAAACGCCGCUCCAUCCUGGGCCCCGAAGGCGGCGCCGCUCCCAGCCCCGCCGGCGCAACCCCGGCCCCCAACGCCCCCAGCAGCGCCCGCGACAGCCGCGCCGACACCCCCAACGCGACGCCCGCCGCCGCCCCAACCAACAAAAAGGCCGCCGCGGCAGCCGCAGCCGCAGCCGCAGCAGCGAACAAAGAAGCGCAACAACAAGCCGUUCGGACCCUCACACCCGCCGAAGAAGCCAAAUACGGCGUGCAGCACCACGACCGACUGGCGCCGGGCGUGCAAUUCCGCAGUGACCGCGCGCAGAAGCUCACACAGGCGAAAUCGAAUGUGCAGACGCAGAAACUCGCUGCUGCGCUGGCGGAACUGGAGGUGCCGCUGCGGCUUGUCAUGCCGACGGAGCGUGUCUGCAAGGAUUUUGAGAAGCUGAUUCAUUCGGUGAAUCUGCUGCUGGAGGCGCGGAAGGUGUCGGAGAAGGUGGAGAGUGAGAUUCGGGUUUUGGAGGCUGCGAAGGAGGAACGUGAGAAGAAGGCGAAGGAGGCGCUAGAGAAGGAUAGUAAGCCUGAGGUCAAAUCGGAGCAGCAGGAGGAUCAGCCACUUCCUGCGGCGGCGGCGGAGGAGGAGGAGGAGGCUGCGGGUGCUGGGGAUGCGGAGGGGCAGGAGAAGGGUGCAACAGAUAAAUCGGGAGAGAAGGCAGAAGGUGGUGCUGCUGGUGAAGAGGGAGAUGUGACUUCGCAUAAACGCUCUGCUAGUGUUCUGAGCAAUGCUAGUGAUAAGAGUACGAAGCGGCAAAGGAAGUAA